AUGGUCUCGCUUCAACUGACCGCAGAGAGCCAUGGAAAUCUCGCCUUCUCCUCGGCACGCAUGCAGUCACAGCUCGGUAACAAAUCCAGGCCCAUGCAGAGUGUCGAGAUCUGCAUCCACAACAAUUGGGUCGCGAGCGAGGGUACCCUCAUCCUGCACCUCUCGGCAGUACCGAACAUCCAUGGCGAUCCGCCGCUCCGAAUGACAGGAAAUAGCAUUUUCUCUGGCUUUCUCGUCGCCAGGCACAACAUGCCGCCCAGUCCCCAGGAUAAUGGCGUUGUGAUGAUGUGGCCAAAAGUAACGAGUCCAGAAACUACCCAGCUCUGCUACAACAUGCCCUAG